CCCAUAUUUGGCCUUAUAAGGGCAGCCACGUCACAGGCAGCGCUCAUUCACAUAAAACGCUGCGCUGCGGGCGGAAUCCCCAGCUUUUUGCGGCGGCAAGUGGCCCGGUCGGGUGUGGAUCCUGCGGGGCGGGAAAGAAGAGUCGAGGCGCCGGGCUCCGUCGGCCGGCCGCAGCCCGGCGGGGCGCCCUCCCGUGCCUCGCCUGUGGGCACCCUGGCCGUGGGCACCUGCGGGGCGCGCGGCGCCAUGAAGGUCACGUCGCUCGACGGGCGCCAGCUGCGCAAGAUGCUCCGCAAGGAGGCGGCGGCCCGCUGCGUGGUGCUCGACUGCCGACCCUACCUGGCCUUUGCCGCCUCGAGCGUGCGCGGCUCCCUCAACGUCAACCUCAACUCGGUGGUGCUGCGGCGGGCCCGGGGCGGCGCGGUGUCGGCGCGCUACGUACUGCCCGACGAGGCGGCGCGCGCGCGGCUGCUGCAGGAAGGCGGCGGCGGCGUGGCGGCCGUGGUCGUGCUCGACCAGGGCAGCCGCCACUGGCAGAAGCUGAGGGAGGAGAGCGCCGCGCGCGUCGUGCUCACCUCGCUGCUCGCCUGCCUGCCCGCUGGCCCGCGGGUCUACUUCCUCAAAGGGGGAUAUGAGACCUUCUACUCAGAAUAUCCUGAGUGUUGUGUGGAUGUGAAACCCACUUCGCAAGAGAAGAUGGAAAAUGAGAGAACCCUCUUCAGCCAGUGUGGAAAACCAGUGCUGAAUGUCAGCUACAGGCCAGCUUACGACCAGGGUGGUCCAGUUGAAAUUCUUCCCUUCCUCUACCUUGGAAGUGCCUACCACGCAUCCAAGUGUGAGUUCCUCGCCAACUUGCACAUCACAGCCCUGCUGAAUGUCUCCCGGCGGACCUCCGAGGCCUGCACAGCCCACCUACACUACAAAUGGAUCCCUGUGGAAGACAGCCACACGGCUGACAUUAGCUCCCACUUUCAAGAAGCAAUAGACUUUAUUGACUGUGUCAGGGAAAAGGGAGGCAAGGUCCUGGUCCACUGUGAGGCUGGGAUCUCCCGCUCGCCCACCAUCUGUAUGGCUUACCUCAUGAAAACCAAGCAGUUCCACUUGAAGGAGGCCUUCGAGUACAUCAAGCAGAGGAGGAGCAUGAUCUCGCCCAACUUUGGCUUCAUGGGUCAGCUCCUACAGUACGAAUCUGAGAUCCUGCCUUCAACGCCCAACCCCCAGCCGCCCUCCUGCCAAGGGGAGGCUGCGGGCUCCUCGUUGCUAGGCCACUUGCAGACAUUGAGCCCCGACGUGCAAGGAGCCUACUGCACAUUCCCUGCCUCGGUGCUGGCACCGGUGCCCACCCGCUCGACAGUCUCAGAGCUCUGCAGGAGCCCUGUGGCCACAGCCACAUCCUGCUGAAACUGGGGUAGAGGAGCUGGCCUGGCCCCAAGUGCUACUGUGAUUUUGUUUCUUAAACUCGUGGACAUUUCAUACCUGUGCAAUACUGAAGGCCUCUCUCUGUCCCACUGCCCCAGUGCGAUGGUGAGCACUCACCAGGCUUGCAAAUGAACUUCAGACACCUCAGAAAUAGGUUCUCCGGACUGAAGGAAGGCCAAGCCAUUAGGAGAGCACAGGCGUGCUGACUACUGUACCUCCAGACCUCCAGCCCUCUUGGGACUGCACAGUCCUCACACCUCAGAGUUCACCUUUUCAUUUCAAGUGUAAGGCAAUAAACUCCUGCAGCAAUGUGGGAGAUCAGGAGAAAAGGCAGUUAAUGAAGCCAAUGCAUUUUGAAGGAAGCACAAUUUCCACAUUAUUUUUUGAACCUUGGCAGUCUUCAGUGUCUGUCUCUGUUGCUUCAGGGCAUAAGCUGAUCAUUAUCUAGUAGGAAAGUUACCCUCCUGGGUUUGUAGGGACAUGAGAUACAUACUUAUUUGAACCCUAAAAGAAUUUUGAGAUUCCUUCUUGGGUCCAGCGGAGGCAUUUGGUUGAAGUAGGAAGAUAUUGGUUUUUCUAGGUUUCUUUUCCACUGUGGGUCUUCCCUGACCUGAGACUUUGUCAUUCUUAUUCAUACUUGAACCUGUCUCAUUGCACCUCUCCUCAAAGAAACUAUUUGAAAAGCAUUUUUCAGACCAUAGAGCAUCUACUGGUGACAGUAGAUACCAGGAGGAAAAGGGUACCUUCAGGUAUUCUGGGUCGGUGAUGUCAAAAACUGUGGUUUCCUCAGCUUACUGUCCUGUAUGAUCUGUGCUUGUGUCUCCUCUCUUGUGACACUUGUUUUCUUCCCUGCCGCUGGGGGUUGUCUUUUAGCUUUUGACUUCCGAGAUUUGCAGAUUUUGCAAUGCGGUACUACUUUUUUGUCUGUAGGUUACGUCUCCAGGGUAAAAGGCAAUAAUUUUUUUAAAACCCAUGCAAAUGUGAAGAAAAACAGUAUGUUACUAGUUGUUAUUGUUUUUUUUAUAGUGCAAAAUAAAAAUAGUAAAAGG